UGCCAGAUCUAGCCCGGAACGGUCAGCGUUGCUGGCGUGUGCACUCGUGAACAAAAUCGCACGCUGAGGGGAGUUUUCGACAAGCUCUCCUCCCUCAAGACCGUAGUAGGAUGCUUUCCCUGGCCGAUUGGGUGACGACGCUCACCUUGAUAUUCGGAGGUUGCUGCAGCAAUGCGAUCACUAUGGAGCACGUCACCUCCACCUAUCCGCACUCCGGAGUCCUCGUUACAUUCUUUCAGUUUCUCAUAGUCUUUCUCUACGGGUUACCUAGCCAACUUACAUUCACUCGCCCGGAAACUCUCCAGGCGGCGAAUAGGGGAUCCGAAGUUCCCCUUCUGCCUUACUUGAUUCAAGUAGCACUCUUUUUCGUGCUGUCCACGUUAAACAAUGCCGCGUUUGCAUACCAUAUACCUAUGGACGGACGGCUGCUUGCGAAGAAACGGUACACGUUCAGACAGGUCAUGUCUGUCCUUGUAGUCACAGUCGGCAUCGUGCUAACCACGCUGUCGGCUUCAAAACCCCAGAAUAAGGGCACCACUACCCAAACAGCGGAGGUUUCUCUCUAUGCUCAGGGCAUAGCCAUUCUGAGCCUCGCACUCCUCUUGUCCGGCUUUCUUGGCCUCGUGCAAGACUGGCCGCCUCCGAUCCUGACGUCCUCCCAGUCCUGGCAGGAGAACAUGUUUUUCCUCCACACCCUAGCCCUUCCCUUGUUCUUCUUCUCCAAGGAUAAUAUCGUCGGGGAACUUUCCCGUAUGAACGUCAGCGCUCCAGUCUCAUCGUGCACGAUACCUUCCGGGAUGCAGCAUUACAUACCGACAUACGCAUUAACGAUACCCUCCAUAUUCAUUUACCUCUUCCUGAACACGAUCACGCAACUACUUUGUGUCAUGGGCGUGAACAGACUUACGGGUCGCGUCACUUCACUGACCGUGACACUUAUUUUGGCGGUACGCAAGGCCGUGUCGCUCUUGCUAAGCGUCGCUGUGUAUGGUAGGCAGGCAAACGCGGCGAUGUGGGCCGGAGCAGCACUGGUAUUCCUUGGGACUAUCGGAUACUCUACUGGAAGUCGAUCAAAGCAUGUAAAGGACAAGGAAGACUGA